AAUUUACAUUGCUACUCGUCUGCCGCAGUGUCCGCAGGAAAGUCAUAUUGUGUGAAUGCUUUCUUUUUCAACCUGAAUUCUGCAAAUUAUGGUUACUGAGAAAAAUUGGGAAACAAAUAUGCCUGGUUCAGAAAGUACUGAACAUCAGGCAAAUUAUGGUUCCAAUACCACUGUAAAUAGUCUGGACGCUUGUUUAGACAGUAUUGCAUCGAAGACUGAUGGAGCGAGUGAUAGUGAUUUUGAUGAACGUGAUGUUUCAGCUGAAGAUGAUGACAGCAUUCCACCAGAAGAAGAUGCUGCGGACGAAGAAGAAGUAUCAAGUCUUAUGAAAGAAAGUCAGAUGUCUCUGGAUGAACUGUUAGCUACCUAUGGAAUUUCUUCAAACACUAAUAUUCGCAGUAUAAAUACACCAGCCUCUAAAGGUAGACCGGCACGUUUAAAGGGUGGUCGACGUACUGCUACUCCUCCUACAAUUAAUACUUCAACACAAGAGCCACUGGAAUCAAUACCUCCAACUAAGAAGCCUCGCCGUACUGCUACAACAUCUAGUGUAGAUACAGAAAACACUGAUCCUCAGACUACUCGUUCUGUUCAGCGAAACAGACCAACUUCAAUAGACCAUGCAAUCACCUACUCAUCGUCAUCAGAUGUUGAGGGGUUAAUCGAAAAGAAGUCUGAUGACUCACCGUUAUGCUGCCUUACUUCAUUUACACAUCCACAUUCAGUCCCUUGUUCACACAGCGCGAGUCCAGUGUCUAUAGACAUUUCAUUCUCUGAUCCAUCGUCGACUGCUCCAACUCCUAAACACUCAAGACGCCCCCCAGUGGACAACCCGUCACGUAUAUCACGUGGUCAUUCACUGAGAUCUCGUGCAAAAUCAAACUCAACUAGUCAAAAUUCCGCUGGACUGCUGGACAAUACAAUUCCUUCGAAUACACCAUUAGAUAAACAAUCAGAGAAAGAGGAGAUGGAGACUGUACUGUCUGAUUCAGAUAGUGGGGAUAUUGCAGAAAAAGAAUGCCAGGAAAGUAAUGAUGGAAAAGCUGUAAAAGUAGAGGACGGAAAUGAUGAAGGCGAAGAAGAAGAAGAGGCAGUGGCAGUAACAACAGAGGUGGAAGAGGGCGAGGGGGAAGAUGAUACCAAAUGUGAGAAUAAUGAAGAUUAUUCUUCGCGUUUUUGGAAGAAUGCAAUUACUGGUCAAGCAACACCAUUGUCGUAUAAUUCAGAUGAAGAUGAAGACUACUGUCCAAGUGAAGACAGUGGUCAAGAUUGGAAGGGUGAAAUCAAAAUUGGUGAUGACUAUCAAGCUAAUGUUCCCGUGCUUUUAUUAUCGGCACCGGCGCCAUCGAGUUUGGAUAACCGGAGUAUAUGUGUGAGUAGUAUCUCUGGCAGUGAUUUUAGCGGUUGUGCCGCUAAUGCAAGAGCUGAAAGAGUUUUUCAACAGUCAAGUCUUGUGUGGCGACCUGUUGAUAAACUCUCUGAAGCAGAUGUAAUCCGUUAUGAAAGAUUAUACGCACAAAUAGCUAUGUCAUCAUUGCCUAGUGACCGAACGAUAGAUGAUGAGGAGGCUUUAUUCUUGUUAAUGCUCUGUGAUUAUGAUGUGGAAGAAGCGCUUCAACGUCAACAACUAAAAGCUGUACAACCUACAGAAGUACCUGGUUAUUUAGAAUCCUGGUCAGAAGCUGAUUGUACUGCAUUUGAGAAAAGUUUCGCUUUGUAUGGAAAAGAUUUUAGGCAAAUACGUGACACUCGUCUACGGCAUAAAACUGUAUCUGAAGUGAUACAUUUUUAUUAUCUUUGGAAGAAGACAGCACGUCAUGACGCAUUUGCACGAAUAUAUCGAAGGGAUAAAAAGAAAUCUUCACAUCCUAAUAUCACUGAUUUUAUGGAUUGUUUAGCUAUGGAACAAGAAAUUCUUGCUGAAUCGUAUAUGCAAAAUGUUAGUGAUAUGCCUGUUAUGCCCUCGUCAUCAACAGCAACAGUAACACCGACAGCAACAAUGACAACAUCUAUUAGUGAUGCUAAUUCUAUUCCAAAUAAAUUUCAUCCCAUUGCACCAGAUAAUGAUGCUGUACUUUUGACAUCUAACUGUCAUUCAGAUAUAUCCAGUGGAGGACAAAAGGUGAAAGCAGUUUCAACAAAUUGUGAUGAUACUGAGUCACCGGUCAGUCGUCUCAAAGGAUCAUUAGUAGACAGUGAUGCCAGUUCUUUAAACAAAAUCCCAUCGUCUACAUCAACUGAACACGAGAUAGCGCCAACGUCUUCCAGUAGUAGCUUGAAUACUACUCCAGUUAAUCGAUCCAAAAUGAAAUCGGCUAUUGGUGGAUCCACAUCCACGCCGCCUGGUGUACCUACUACUACCACUACUACUAAUAAUAAUAAUAAUACUUCUGUCAAUGAAGUUUGUGGUUAUGCUAUGAUGAAACAAUCAGAUCAUCAGUUAACUAUUAAUUCUGCUGCAUCUACCCGAUCUACACGUACGUCAUCAUCAACCUCGUCGACAGUAAUUGUUUAGUUUGAAAUGUUUUACAUACACCCAUCUACACACGCAUAUAUAUAUAUAUAUAUAUAUAUAUAUAUAUAUAUAUAUGAGUUUACAAUUCCUAUUCAUCUUGUUUUCACCAAAAUGUUGACAAUAAUACACAUCACAGACACACACACACGCACACGGGUGUGUAUUCUCUCGCAUAUACUUAUACAAUGUAUGCAUUUAAAAUCCAAAAAUUUUCUACCGACGAUUUGAUUUCAUAUUACGAUUAUAUCUACAUUUUUCUUUCUCAUUAAUCUAAAAUCGCAUAUGUGGGGUGUUUAUUCUCAUCUGGUUACCAUUUCCCCCCUCCUCCCAUGUGUGCGUCUGUUUGUCUUGUAUGUAGGUGAAAUGGAUAAGUACACGUUUGUGAGACCAUUGUCAUUGUGUUGGUAUAAAUAAUAUUCUUUCGUCUUACUGUAAUAACUAAGUGGGUUUUCUGACAAUUUUCAAUGUAAAAAUUUAAAUAUCCCUUUCUCCUCAUUCUGUUAUAUUAUUCUUAUCGUUAUAACUAUUCUUAACAGUUUUGUUUCAUCUUAUCCACAUGUAUCUACACAUUAUUAGUUAUGAUGGAUUCGCUGUUUAACGAAUCUGUUCACACAUACAUUUUCUUUCUUCAAAUGUUGUUUUAUUACCGUUAUUAUUAUUACUAUAGUUUUAAACCAAAAUUGUAUGUUUCUUUCUCUUUUUUAUACUUGUUUCCAAUGUAUUUUCCUUCUUUCAUUUCACCCACCCACCUCCUCUCAGUUUUUCAUUUUGUGGUUUUUUAUCAACUGUGAUGUGGGUGUCUGUAUGUUUGUUUAAAAGGGUUUGGUGAACUAACUUCUUUGUUGUCAUAUUUUCAUCUUUUAAUAUACAUAUUUUCUCUAAAAGCAACCCACACAUUUUAUUUCUUCUCAG